AAGAUUGAGGGUGGAUAGGAUAAAACAAAAGCAGAGGUGGCAGAAGGUCCGCGACGAACACUGGCAAUGACUUCUCCCGGCAAUUGCACUUGCACCUGCAAUUCAAUAACUUUGUUGGGAGAGAAAUUGAGCUUCGGUUAUGGCGGUGGCGGUGGUGGUGGCGGCGUGCUUUCAAAUUUGAAUUUGAAUCCAAAAGCCAAGUCCAGAGGAGUAGUUACAGUAGCAGCACUUUCACCUUCACAAUCCAGAAGGUCGACGGCGGUUCUGAUUUCAUUGUUGCCUUUAACCGUCGAUUGGCUCACUACGCCGCCGCCGGCCGCCGCCAGGGAGAGACGCAACAAGAAGAACAUCCCCAUUGAUGAGUAUCUUACUAGCCCUGAUGGAUUGAAGUACUAUGAUUUGGUUGAGGGUAAAGGUUCAGUAGCUGAAAAAGGAUCAACUGUUCAGGUACACUUUGAUUGCUUAUAUCGCGGAGUUACGGCUGUGUCGAGCAGAGAAUCUAAAAUCCUUGCUGGAAAUCGUACAAUUGCUCAGCCGUAUGAAUUCAAGGUGGGAGCUCCACCAGGAAGGGAAAGGAAGCGUGACUUUGUAGACAACCCGAAUGGUCUGUUCUCUGCACAAGCAUCACCAAAACCUCCAGCAGCUAUGUAUACAAUUGUGGAAGGAAUGCGAGUUGGUGGAAAGCGAACUGUGCUCGUUCCUCCUGAAAAUGGGUAUGGAAAAAGGGGAAUGAAUGAGAUUCCGAUAUUGUUUACAAUGUUGCAGCCUGGAGCUACAUUUGAAAUGAAUAUUGAGCUUUUGCAAGUUAAAACUACCUGAAGAAUGAGCUUGACUCCAUCCUUAUGAAGAAUUCGAUAGCUUCAGGAUUUGUGCCCUGUGAGAGUGUGAGGCCAUGGACACGGCUACUCUUUUCCCAUUGACCUUUCAUUAUAAUGCAGUCAUCUUCCUUUUGUCGUGGUUACAAUUUUAAAGUGAUCUUAUAAUACUUUUGGAUCACUUGUGUUGUAUUUUAUAAAAUUGACCUCAUGACCAAGCAGAUGUAUAUUAUUUUUUGAAGAAAAUAAAACUGUAACGUUAGAUUUUCUCUAAAAUGAGAAAGUAAAUAUACGUCCUUAAUCAA